GACGGCACUCCCUCCUUCGUUCACUCAGGACAAGGAUUUCCCACCAUGAGCACACAUCUACUGCUCGGGCUCCUGCUGGGAGUAGUAGCCACCGCCUACUCUGAAGAAUCACACAAAUGGCCGAGCUGGGAUAACUACGGCAAGAGCGGAGCAAGAUGCGAAAGAGCGUUCAAUCUCCAACUCCCCUUCCGAGUCCGGUGUCGGUACCUCUGCAAAGGAUGGCCAGUCCGUGCUAUUAACGAAGCUGAUGGUGAGCCCUGUGCUGCUCUGUUCCGCGGGACCGGAAAGUGCCAAAAUGGACGGUGCGUGGUAGGCAGUUCAACGUGGUCCGUCUCGCGGCCAGACACAGAAUUUGACGCCAGGGGCCGACCCGAACCGACGCCAGAGACAAGCACAGAGCCUCCGGCAUCCCAGGGUGCAAGCGAAGCCGAAGGAGCGCAGCCUGGCGCUGAAGCCGCGCCCGAAUACCCAGUUGCUACAGAAACAUCUGCUGCGCCCGAACCUGUCCCGGAACCUGAACAGCAACCUGGAGUGGAUCCCGAUACACAACCAGAACCGGAACCUUCGUCGGAAGGUGCGGCACCUGAAGAUGGUGAGGCAUCUACCGAGUCACAGCCUGAGGUAGAGCCGGAAAUUCAGCCCGAAGCACAGCCGGCGGCAUCGCCAGAGCCUGAAGCACAGCCAGAGCCAGAAGCGCAGCCACAGCCCGAAGCACAGCCGGAGUCACAACCUGAGGCACAGCCAGAGCCACAGCCAGAAUCCGAGCCUGAACCACAGCCUGAAGCACAGCCAGAAGGACAGCCAGAGCCACAGCCUGAACCACAGCCUGAAGCACAGCCAGAGGGACAGUCCGAGCCAGAGCCACAGCCUGAACCACAGUCAGAAGCAGGACCUCAACCAGAGUCUGAAGCACAGCCGGAACAGCCAGAACAGCAACCGGCUGAAGCCCCAGAAAUUCCCCAAAUUGGCGAAGAACAGAAUGUGCCAGCAGAACAACAAGGAGGCGCAUCCCAGCCCGAGCCGCAACCAGGCGGCGAUGCUGAAAAUGAGGUGCCUCAAUAAAAAUGGUGUC